GAGGCGGCGGCGGCGGCGGGUGCUGCGCGUAGCGUGCCGACGGCGGCAUGGCGGAGGCCAAGAAGAGGCGGGAGCUGCUGCCCCUCAUCCACCAGCACCUGCUGCAGGCGGGCUACGUGAGGGCGGCGCGGGAGGUGAAGCUGCAGAGCGGCCAGAAAACCUUCCCGACACAGCCGGUCACCCUUCUGGACAUUUACACGCAUUGGGAACGAACCUCCGAAGAGGCUAAGAAACGCAAGGCCGACGAACUGGAUGAAAACCUGCAGGCCAAGAAGGUCAGGGUCUCUGAUCCCGUGAGCAGCUCGGAGAGCUCUGAAGUGGAGGAAGAGUACACAGCCAAAGGCAUGAAAACCACCAGGCCUCUGUUGGCCAAAUCAGUGACCUUGAUGCCCGAGAAGAAUCUCGCCGUGACCAAGGACAGAGCCAAGGGGAAGAACAAGAAAGUGACCGGCAAGGCAGUGAACUCCAUAUCUCCUCCCACACCCAACAAGGGGCCAGCUCCCCUGGGGAAACCGGGCCUCGCUACUCUGGCCCAGGCUCUCUCCCCCAGAUCCAACCCGGUCUCCAAGAACCAGGCCGCCGACUCCAGCAGCAGCUCAUCGGACAGCGAGGCCGAAGGGGCCGCCUCCGUAGACAGGCUGCAUCCCAGACCCGUAGCGGGGCCGGUGGCUCGGAAACCAGAGAGCAGCAGCAGCGGGGCCUCCGGUGACGAAACUGAUAUUGAGACCCAGGUGAAACCAGGAGUAAAAGCUCAGCUCACCAACACCCCAGGGAGAAUGGUGCCAGCAUCCACAGGACCAAAGGGAGGAACAUCUGCUCCAGGCACUGGGAAGCCGGUGACCGCAUCCCCCCAGGCAAAGGCGGGGACCCCAGUCAGGAUCGCUGGGGACGGGAGGCCGGAGGAGAGCUCCGAGAGCAGCGAGGAGUCAGAGAGCGAGGAAGAGAUGCCAGCCUCCCAGGGACAGGUGAAGCCAGCGGUCACAGCACCCCACGUCACCCCGGGGUCCACCAAAAAGCCCCAGGGCAGAGCGUCCACCCCAGCUGCCAGGAAGGCAGUGGCCGCCACGACUCCCAGGGCCCAGAUCGGGGCUCCCGGCAAGGCCGUCGAGAUGAGGAGGGCAGAGGAGAGUUCCGAGAGCAGCGAGGAGUCCGAGGGUGAAGAUGAGGUGCCGGCAUCCCAGGGACAGGUGAAGGCAGCGGGGAGGACUCCUCUGGUCAGUUCUGUUCCGGUCAGCCCCGUCUCGGUCAAGGGGUCCCAGGAGAAAGCGACCGCUCCAGCUCUCCGGAAGCCAGUGACCCAGCCCUCCCAGGCCAAGGUGGGGACGCCCAACGUGGCCACCAAGGCAGGGGUGGAGAGUUCUGAGAGCAGCGAGGAGUCGGAGAGUGAAGAGGAGGCACCGGCCCCCGAGGGAAAGGUUUCCCAGGCCAGGGCCCCCGCCGGGAGAGGUGCGGUCACGGCCCCAGCGUCCACCAAGGGGGCGGCGGCCACACACCCCCAGGCCCAGGCUAAGAAAGUGGGCAGCAGGAAGCCAGAGGAGAGCUCGGAGAGCAGCGAGUCAUCGGAGAGCGAGGAGGCAUCGGCAUCCAAGGGAUCGGUCAAGGCAGCGGGGAGAACUCCCCGAGCCCUAUCCGUGCCGGUCACCCCCAUCUCAUUCACGGGGACCCAUGAGAGAGUGUCCGCUUCGGUGGCCACACGACCGCAGGCCAAGGCGGGGACUCCCAUCCAGGCCUCCGGGGCUGGGAGAGCAGAGGAGAGUUCAGAGAGCAGCGAGGAGUCGGAGAGCGAAGAGGAGGCACCGGCAGUCCAGGGACCGGUGAAGCCAGCGGUCACCGCAUCCCAGGUCAGCGUCCCUCUGGGAUCUGCCAAAAAGCCUCAGGGCAGAGCGUCCACUCCAGCUGCCGGGAAGGCGAUGGCUGCCACAUCCCUCCAGGCUAAAAUAGUGACUCCCACCGCCAAGGCGGUUGGGGCCGGGAAGCCAGGGGAGAGUUCCGAGAGCAGCGAGGAAUCGGAGAGUGAAGAGGAGACUCCGGCGUCCCAGGGGCAGGUGAAGGCAGCGGGGAGAACUCCCCGGGCCGUCUCCGUUCCGGUCACCCCCAUCUCAGUCACGGGGACCCAUGAGAGAGUUUCCACUUCGGUGGCCACGCAGCUGCGGACCAAGGCGGGGACUCCCGUCCAGGCUGAGAAGGCGGAGAAGAGUUCAGAGAGCAGCGAGGAGUCGGAGAGUGAAGAGGAAGCACCGGCAGUCAGAGGAAAGGGGAAGCCAGUGGUCAUCGCAUCCCAGGUCGGCAUCACUCCGGGAUCUGCCAGAAAGCCCCAGGGCAGAGUGUCCACUCCAGCUGCCGGGAACCGGGUGGCUGCCACAGCCCCCAUGGCUAAGGUAGCGACUCCUACCACCAAGGCCUCUGGGGGCGGGAAACCAGGGGAGAGUUCUGAGAGCAGCGAGGAGUCGGAGAGCGAAGAAGAGGCGCCGGCGUCCCAGGGGCAGGUGAAGGCAGCGGGGAGAACUCCCCGGGCCGUCUCCGUUCCGGUCACCCCCAUCUCAAUCAGCGGGACCCAUGAGAGAGCGUCCGCUUCGGUGGCCACACGACCGCAGGCCAAGGCGGGGACUCCCAUCAAGGCCUCCGGGGCUGGGAGAGCAGAGAACAGUUCAGAGAGCAGCGAGGAGUCGGAGAGCGAAGAGGAGGCACCGGCAGUCCAGGGACCGGUGAAGCCAGCGGUCACCACAUCCCAGGUCAGCGUCACUCGGGGAUCUGCCAAAAAGCCCCAGGGCAGAGCGUCCACUCCAGCUGCCGGGAAGGCGAUGGCUGCCACAUCCCUCCAGGCUAAGGUAGUGACCCCCACCGCCAAGGCGGUUGGGGCCGGGAAGCCAGGAGAGAGUUCUGAGAGCAGCGAGGAGUCGGAGAGUGAAGAGGAGGCUCCGGCGUCCCAGGGGCAGGUGGAGGCAGCGGGGAGAACUCCCCGAGCCGUCUCCGUUCCGGUCACCCCCAUCUCAGUCACGGGGACCCAUGAGAGAGUGUCCACGUCGGUGGCCACGCAGCCGCAGGCCAAGGCGGGGACUCCCAUCAAGGCCUCCGGGGCUGGGAGAGCAGAGAAGAGUUCAGAGAGCAGCGAGGAGUCGGAGAGUGAAGAGGAGGCACCGACAGUCAGAGGACAGGUGAAGCCAACGGUCACCGCAUCUCAGGUCAGUGUCACUCCGGGGUCCAUCAAGAAGUUCCAAGGCAAAGCAUCCACUCCAGCUGCUGGGAAGGGGGUGGCUACCAAGUCCACCCGGGCCAAGGUCGUGACUUCUACCGAUGCCUCGGGGGGCGGGAAGCCAGGGGAGAGUUCUGAGAGCAGCGAGGAGUCAGAGAGCGAAGAGGAGACUCCGGCAUCCCAGGGGCAGGUGAAGGCAGCGGGGAGAACGCCCCGGGCCGUCUCCGUUCCGGUCACCCCCAUCUCAGUCACGGGGACCUAUGAGAGAGUGUCCGCUUCGGUGACCACACAACCGCAGGCCAAGGCGGGGACUCCCAUCAAGGCCUCCGGGGCUGGAAGAGCAGAGAAGAGUUCAGAGAGCAGCGACGAGUCGGAGAGCGAAGAGGAGGCACUGGCAGUCCAGGGACCGGUGAAGCCAGCGGUCACCACAUCCCAGGUCGGCGUCCCUCUGGGAUCUGCCAAAAAGCCUCAGGGCAGAGGGUCCACUCCAGCUGCCGGGAAGGCGAUGGCUGCCACACCCCUCCAGGCUAAGGUAGUGACUCCCACCGCCAAGGCGGCUGGGGGCGGGAAGCCAGGGGAGAGUUCCGAGAGCAGCGAGGAAUCGGAGAGUGAAGAGGAGACUCCGGCGUCCCAGGGGCAGGUCGGCGUUACCCCGGGAUCUACCAAAAAGACCCAGGGCAGAGCGUCCACUCCAGCUGCCGGGAGGGCAGUGGUUACCACACUCCCCCAGAUCAAGGUGAAUAAAACCCCUCUGAUUUUUGUCGACCCCAAACGUAGUCUGGCCGGCAAAGCAGCUGCCCCCACCAAAGCCGCCGUGCCUGUCAGCGCCUCAAAGGAGGGGCGGGUCGCCGAAAGUGAGGGCAGCAGCUCAUCCGGCAGCGAGGAAGAGGAAGAGGACCUGAUUCCCGCCACGCAGAAUCUGGAUACUUCCACGGCAAAACCGACCGUGGUGGCUCUGCCCAUCGCUCGCCGAGGGCCGGUCCCCGCUCCCAGGGCCAGCUCGCCUGAGGACAGCAGCGAGGAGUCUGACUCCGAAGAGGAAAAAAGCACACAGGUGAAGCCCAGCCCGGCUCUGGCCCCGUUGGCCGUGGCAACCGUGAAGACCUCAGGUCAGAAAGCCAGGACGCCACAGCCAUCCGUGAAGGGGAGAAAGACCUCGGGGUCGGCCCUCGCCCAACUUCCGGCGGCCUUGAAGAUUCCCGCUCUGACGAAGGCAGCGCAGGAUGCUGGGGGAUUCCCUGGCUCAACCCCGAGUAGCAUCCUCAAAGGAAGCAAUGGCAAGAAAGCCAAAGGCAAAGCAGGCCAGCCCCAGGCCUCCCCAACUAAGGCUGCUGGGGCCACCCGGAGAGCAGCCCACAUCAACAGCAAUAAUUUGCCGGGGAAAAGACAGAAGGAGAAUGGGGAGGGCGUGACCAAGGCCAAGUCAGCUCCCAAGAAGGGUGCAGCGCCAAAGGAGGAGGCCGGGAUGGUGCCAGAGAGCUCUGAGGUGUCCAGCGAGGAGGAAGUGGAGCCUUCGCAGGCGUGCGAAUAAAUGAACCCAGACGAAACGAAACGGAGUUUGGCUUCUGCAGCACAAGAGCAGGUGGGCGGGCAGGAGCUCAAGGGCCAGGCCCGGGGAAAUUGAAGAGAAGGAAAGUCUCCCCGAUCUGUCAUUCGGGAGCCAGAUGAAAAACGUCAGCUGCCGGAUUUUGAGCAAUUGAAGAAGCCCAUACCAACUGUGAAGAUUUGGUUCAUCCUUGUUCUAUUAUUUAGCAGACCCUUGAGCCCUGAAAGCCUCGAUAAGGCUGAGACUUGCUGUGAAUUUCUCUCCGGCAACGGACGGGCGGAUGACUGUCCAUGUCUUUGCGGAAUACUGUCCGGGGCCCGUUGCAGGAGGAGCCGACUGCCUGAUGCAGCAGAAAUAAUCAGGCCUUCGAGAUUUUCUUGGCGUGAAACCACGCACCCACACGUCCCUCUUGGCAUUGAGCGAUUAUACGAAAAUAAUACUAACGUUCUGUUCCGGCCCCCGAAUCCCUCCGCGACAUCGCAGUCGUUGGUCCUGGGUGUUCUUGCUGUCUUUAAGGCCCGUUAUUUACAGUGAACAUUGGCCGAAAUGAUUGAGGCCACCGAUGGUGAGGAUAAGCCAAGCGUGAAACAGUUGCGGAGAGCCUGUAUCGUAAAGAAUGCGGUUGACAUCAACGGACGGGCCCGGUCAGAUAUAAUAGGAAUCGGAUUUACUGUGUGGAAGGCCUGGCACUGACACACGGCUCGAGCAGCGUGGGGCAACAGCUACUGCCAUCCAUCGUUAGAAACUUGGGGGAACUCUGAGGUCAGGCCAGAGCUGGCGAAGAAGCUAAAGCCCGAGCGGGCCCUACUGAGCUGGCAUGAUCCCGGGACUUGACUCGUUUUCCUGAAAAAGGGGUAAAGCGGAUUUAGCCUCUUUCGUGUGUUUCCCCUCUCCGUCCCCACCAUCACCUGUUUCCUACUUACAACUGGAGAGGGAAGUAACAGCCCAUGGGAAAAUUUUUACAUAGUUUUUCUUUAGUUUCUGUUAAGGAUCAAAUGGUCGUUUCUGGUUCUGGCUAAAAAUGUUCUUAAAAAGCUUAAAAUAGCUCCCCAAAGAUUUAAAAUAGUUCUGUCAUGAUCUGUGUGUGUAGUAAAUCAAAUGCGUUUUCUCUCAUCCUCCCCACCUGGAUCGUACCCAUUUUCGUUCUCUUGUGGGUGUAGUUACACCUUAUUUGGAUCAUAAUUUUUCCUUUGAACUAUUUAUUAUUCACUUACUGAAAGUCAUUAUAAAAACACAGAGUGCGGGGCCAUAAUCUAGGAGUUUGCAUCUAAAAAUUAGUCACGGCGGCCUUUGCAAACCGUAGCCUACCGUGGCCUGACUUGUGUCCGUCACAUGAGAUUCUCCGAGGACAUAAUCUCCCAAUUAUAGCAGAGGUGAUGGUACCCUGCAGUCAUAAAACCAGGUGUUUUCCAAAGCAGUUUUCCAUCACCAGUCUGGUUUUGACCUCCCCUCCAUCCAUCCCCAGUAGAAACAGGCUGGAUCCUGGACUCGCAGCAGAACCUGGGAGGAUUGGUCCAGUUCCCAGCCCUUUACAGUUUCCACAGGUCCUGCUCCAUCCCUGAGCCGGUGGGCCCUGUGAGCACACAACAACUGCACGUCCCCGGGCCAACUGUGCCCUCACCAGUAAUGCCCAUUAGCUGGCGGGU